AUGGAUAUAUCUAUAUUUGCUUUACUAUUCUUAUAGUUUUUAUUCUGUGGCUCUUGCAUGUAUUUAUUAAUGUGUAUAGAUCCGAAUGCUUAAAAUAUUUUAGGAAAAGCUCACCGCUUUUUAUAUAAAUUAAUUCCCUCAUUAUAUAAGUAACUACAAAUAAAAAUAAUAUAAAUUUUUUAUUAAAAAUAAAGCCGAAAUAUAAAUAAUACAUAAAAACCGAAUCUAUUAUUUAGAAUAGCAAACGGAAUUAUAAAUUAUAUUUGUUUUACAAAUCAUCAUAUUAUUUAAAUAUUUUAUAUUAUAAUUGCGAUUGGAGGAUUUAUUCUAUAUUGGGUUGUUGGCUUAAAUAGACAUUUCCCAAAUAGUCAAGUAUCAAAUUUACAUAAAUAUAUAGGAACAAUCCUAGCAUUAGUAUGCUUUUAUAUUUAUUAUUUAGCAUGUAAAACUUCUCCAGGUUAAAUAACUAAAUAAAAUGAUAAGGAAUAUAUUAAUAAAUAUUAUUCUUAUUAUGAUGAUAUUAUGUUUAAAAAAUAAAAUAAAUGUAGUACUUGUGAAAUUAUUAAGUAAAAAUAAAUAAAAAAAAAAAAAAAAUAAAAAAAAUAAAGACCUGCAAGAUCUAAACAUUGUAAAACUUGUUAAAUUUGCGUUUCUAAAUUUGACCAUCAUUGUGUUUGGAUUAGAUAAUGCGUUGGAGAAAAAAAUUAUAAAUAUUUUCUACUUUUUAUAUUUUCUCACUCUUUUCUCACUAUUUAUGGAGGAGUUGUUGGUAUUUUGUGUAUUUUAGGAAUUGUUUAAGAUUAAAAGUUAAUGUAUUUGAAAUUUAGAAUACCUUAGACAGAUUAAAUUGUAGAUGCUGAUUGGAAAAUAGUUUUUAAAUAUUUAUUUUAUAAAGAAACAAUGUUUAUUUUUAUGAUUUUAUUGUGUAUUAUUAUGGGGAUUACUUUAAGUAUUUUUUUCAUUUAUCAUUUAAGUAUGAUAAGAAAUGAUAUAACUACAAAUGAAAAAGUAAAAAAAAGUGAUAUGAUGUCAUUUUUAGAAAAAGAAAUAAAAUAAAUAUAUUUAUUAGAAAAGGAAAAAUAAGAAAGUGAAGAAAUUAAAAUUAAAUUAAGUAUUUAUUACAAAGAUCUUGAAAAAUUGAAGCAUAAAUAAAAUAGUUAUAAUUUAUGGAAAAAUUUAAAAGAUAUUAUAAGUUAAUGA